UCCAAUUCGUGCAAACUACACCACCGUUAUUUUACCACUUUGAGUGAGAGAACGAAAGAAAGAAACAAUAUUCAAUUUUUAUGACUCACCUCGUCACUCGUACUCAACUCGCUCGACUCGCGCCUUUCAUUCAUCGCUCCAUAACAACAACAAGUCUCAUUCCAAAACCGUCACCUUACCUCAAUUCUCAACCAUAACCGAUCUCAAACUCCUCCGAACAACUCUCCGGCAAUGGAGGCACAGCCACCGGAAUCCAACACCCCCGCCGUUGAAGAAGGAGGAGGAGGAGAAGACUUCAUCCAAGUCCACGAUCUGAAAAUGGAGAGUUUAUCUGAUAGCAUGGUUCGAAUUGAUCAUCCAUCAGAUGCAGUCGAUGCAGCUUCGUCUCCUUCUGAUGAUCCGAUGGUUAUAGAUCGCCGUCCGGUAGCGCUUCCGGUGGAGCUUUCAAGAAACGUGAUGAUGCUUUCUUGUGAGUCUUCUGCUGUUGGCGGUGUUUGUGAUGUUUACUUGGUUGGCACCGCUCAUGUAUCGGAGGAAUCAAGCAAAGAAGUUCAAGCUAUUGUCAAUUUACUAAAACCAGAGUCUGUCUUCCUUGAAUUGUGCUCGAGUCGUGUUAGGAUGCUUACCAUGCAAAAUCUUAAGGUACCUACUGUGAGAGAAAUGAUUGAAAUGUUGAAGAAAAAACAUAACAUGUUUGAAGUAGUUUAUUGCUGGUUCUUAGCCAAGGUUGCCAGUCAGCUUGAGGUCUUUCCGGGCGCUGAGUUUCGUGUGGCAUAUGAAGAAGCAUUGAAGUAUGGUGGCAGGGUGAUACUCGGUGACCGCCCUGUACAGAUUACAUUGAAGAGAACAUGGAGUAAGAUGCCACUUUGGCACAAGGCAAAAUUGGUGUACAAUUUACUUUUCCAAACAAUUUUUUUACCAAGCUCCGAUGAUUUUAAUAACAUGCUAAAGGAAAUGGGUGACAAUGACAUGCUAACUCUUGUUAUUCAAGAAAUGAGCAAGGAAUAUCCAACUUUAAUGGAGACCCUUGGCGAUGAACGAGAUCAGUACAUGUCCUCCACAUUAUUACAAGUGGCAAGUGAGAGCAGAUCAGUUGUUGCUGUUGUUGGGAAGGGGCAUCUUCAAGGAAUAAAGAAGAAUUGGAAGCAACCUAUUGUGAUGCAGGAUCUCCUGACAAUUCCAUCUCCCAAACCGGCUAUCUCUGCAUUGAGAGUCUUUACAUCUGUUGGUGUUGGCGUGGCUGGGGUGGCCAUAAUAUCAGGCAUCUAUCUUUCAUGCAAGAAAUGAAUUUUCUAGGUAGAGACAUUGUUAUAAUUUUCAUCUACAGGAACGUUUGGUAUAUGGAUUGAAAUAUACACAUAUUGAGUCAAGUUAUACCAUCAUCAACAAAGUUGGUGCAUAAGCCAUUUAAUUGAUUUUGUUUUAUUGUUUGCAUAAGCAUUGCAAUCCCUUUCCUCUAAACCUUGUUAAAUUAUGCACAAUCCCAUUGGUGGCGUUUAGAUAUUAUUAAAACAGGAUAGAACAAAAUGUAUGCAAUCCGGAAUAGAAAUAUAGGAGCGUUUGAAUUUAGCUCUA